ACUGGCGCGGUGAAGACCCUGGGCAACACUUAUCAGUUCACGGUGGACGUCAGUGACUUCGCCCCUGAGGACAUCAUCGUCACCACCUCCAACAACCAGAUCGAGGUGCACGCCGAGAAGCUGGCCGCAGACGGCACUGUCAUGAACACCUUCACCCACAAAUGCCAGCUGCCUGAAGACGUGGACCCCACAUCGGUGUCAUCCUCUCUGGGGGACAAUGGCACGCUGACCAUCCGGGCUCAGCGGCAGCCUGCCAAGCACACCGAACACGUCCAGCAAACCUUCCGGACUGAGAUCAAGAUCUGA